GUACAGAAAUGAACGUGAAUAUCAGCAGAUGCUAAAAGAGACCCUUGAACGCCUUAAUAAGGAAGCAGAUGAAGCUUUGUUAAGUAAUCUGGAACUUCAGAUUGAAUCACAGUUCCUGCAGGAUGACAUUAAUGCCACAAAGGACAGGUACAAGAAGAAUAUCAUGGAAAUACAGACCUAUGUCAGCAUUUUACAACAGAUCAUCCAAAUGACCCCUAGUGUGACCACCAUUACAGUUGGAGUAAGCGAGGAAAGGCUGAUGGCAGAAAGGAGAAUUCCUAUCCUGCAGAGUCAGCUGGAAGAGUACAAGAGCAUUUUUUGUCAGCUGCAGACUCAGAAAUUGAAAUUGCAGACGGAGACAACCAUGCUGGAACAAGCUAUUAGGAGCACUCAAGAGAGUUAUGAUGAUGAGGUUCAGCUGUACAAUGAGCAGAUUGAAGCCCUUAGGAAGGAGAUAGAGGAUGCUGAAAGGACCUUGGAGAAGUUCACAAGUGACUGUCACCAGCUGGUGAUAUAUCAACAGUCCCUGGAGAAUGAGCUGGAGCGGUACAAACGUAUCAUUGAGAAUGAAGACAACCGGUUAAAUUCUGCCAUAAUUGGAACCCCAGUUGCCCUCUUCACACAGAGCUACAGACCCUGCCACACUACAACCUGGAGGAGGCGAGAUAUCACCCUGGUUAUGCAAGAGAUUGCAAGUGCGAAACCAAGACAAAAAGGUCUGGCAAAGAAAAUUUCUAGGAGAAAGGAGAUCACUUCCAAAGACAUAGAUGGGUUUUCACCUGAAAACAGCUAUGAAAGAACCCUGGAAGGCUUUCAUCAGGAUCAGCUUCAAUUUAAACACGAAAGCACAGUAAUAUGUGAACCUAAGCAGGAAGGAUUAGAACUAGAUGAGCAAGAAACAGUCCCAGAGGAUGUGCCUGAUGGAGCUCGGAUAAGUAAAGCUUUUGAUGAAUUGUGUAACACUGUGAGAGAGAAAAUUAGAUGCUACAAGAGACCCGAGCCUAAGACUGACUUGUCCACCAAAGGGCGCUAUGUACUUGUCACAGGGGAAGCAAGCUAUGACCAUCCUUGCUUCUAUUCUUCCUCCACCCCAGCUGGAGGUGGGAUCAUUGUUUCCACUAGCAAUGGAAAGAUGCCAAAUGGUGGGGAGGUGGAGCCAAUUCCAGAGCUGCCUGAACCCUCUGAACCAUCAGCAAAUGAGAAAGGGGAAGUCCCUGAAAUGCAAUAUGAGCUUGAAGAGAGAGAAGAAAUAAAUGAACAGGGCAGAAAGUCAGAAGAAAAAGCUGAAGAGCCCUCAAAGCAGCCAGACAUCACAGGGCCUGAGGCAGCACCUCCAGCUGGUGUAGACAUCCCUUCAGAGCCAGACAUAUUUGAAGAGACAGAGUAUGACAGAGAAGACCAACGAGGAGGCCAAGCAUUCAGAGAACCAAGCUUACCCAGUUCCAUGAGCUAUGAGAAGGUGGAAGUAGUGGAAUCCAUUGAGAAGUUUUCAGAUGACAGAAUUCAGACUUACGAAGAGACAGCUAUGAUUGUGGAGACAACGAUUGAGAAGACAAGCAAGAAGAAGCUAGGAGACAAAGGCUCUUAAGUUACAUCAUUUGAUAAGCAACUUGUCUGGCAUAGUUAUUAAAUGACGUAAUUAUUUUUUCCCUGACACAAUGCUAACAUAGUGAGACUUGCUGUUUUGAUAUAAAACAUUGAUACAUUAAUGGCAAUUCUGUCUGGUGUAGGUUUACCUUUAAUGUAGUAAUCAGUAAAAUGUACUUGGGCAACUAGUAGCAGGUUCAAUUACGCAACAUUUUUUGUGAUUAGGACAAGCAGGAAGUAAUUAUUAAGAAGUUGCCUGUCUAAACCACACCUAAGUAAUAUGUGCCCACUACAAAUUGGCCCCUUACAGUUUAUAUUCCUCUAAUGAUGCUUUAGCUGCCAUUAGUUUCCAAUUUUCAGACAGC